AGGUAGAAGGGAUACAUAUACAUAUAAGAACCUACGUACGUGUGCGCCAGCUCAGGCUGAGUGGUUUCUAUUGGGGUGAUCAUCCCUCCUACCUAUUUUUGACGAGACCACGCCUCUGAUGUCACACUGUUUCGUUUGUCACUUUCUCAGUACUCUAUCGUUUAAUAAUAUGUGCGUUCAAGUUUUCAUGAGAGGUACGAGAGGAAGGAAAAGUAUACAAAGUUCGAACAAAAACAAUUCAAAACUACAUUUAAGAUUAGAUUACACUUUAGAUUCUCACGUAUUUGGAAAUAGGAAAAGUGUUUCGUAAAAUUAAUUUGCGACUGUGUCAUGCUUACAAAAUGAGCGGCGUCGUAAAAAAAGGAACAACCAUCUUUACCGGUAAACCGUUCGUCUUUCUUCUCUAUUCGGAACACAGAACUACUAGAUGUGACAAUUGUUUGAAGAGUGGAAAAUUGUCAAGAUGUUCGGGUUGUCAAUACGUAUAUUACUGUGAUCGCAACUGUCAGAAAGAAUCGUGGCCAAUACAUAAGAUAGAAUGUGCAUGUCUGAAGAAGGCAAUAAUAGUGGUAGAUAUGGUCCGACUUUUGGCACGUGUGAUUAUCAAGCUUAAUCAAGGUGGUGCUGAUGAAAAAAGCUAUUACACUGAAAAAAACUUUAGGAAAUUUAAAGAUCUAAUGUCUAAUUAUUCAGACAUAAAAAUAGAUAUGAAACGACAGAGAGAUUUUAUUUGUUUGAGUGGAAUGUUGUUCCAAUUUCUUGAUGAGGCACUCAUGCCUAAUUUUGUGGAUCUGAUGGGUAUUUACGGAAGAAUAUGCACUAACUACUUCAAUAUACUGGAUACUAAGUUGAACACAAUUGCUGUUGGUCUAUAUUUGGGAGCAUCUGUGAUAGAUCACAGUUGCAAACCAAACGUGGCUGCAGUUUUUGAAGGGACCACCAUCAUCAUUAGAACAUUAACAGAUCUUCCCUCUUUGGACUGGUCAAAGAUAACAAUAUCGUACAUCGAAUUGCUUGAUUCUAAUAAGGAUAGACGUGAGAAAUUGCACAAUUUAUACUAUUUCUGGUGUAAUUGCGAGAGAUGUAAAAAAGAGGAGCCAAUGGCCAAAGCAGCUACAUGUCCAAACUUAUCGUGCGAGUCACCAUGUUCAAUUGAAACUGAUAAGUGCAAAAAAUGUAGCGCUAGAAUAUCCAUAAAAUUUAAAAAAACAUUUCAGGAAGUUUCUGCCUUAACCGCUAGUCAUUUGAAAGGAAUGGAAUAUCUUAAUGACCUGAGUAAGAUACUUAUUAGUAAAGUAUGUUUGAUGAAGCAGAAGAAUGUAAUGUAUAAAUUUAAUAUACAACAUCUCCAGACUCUUCAAAUGGCUUAUACUGCAUCUACGAAUUUGAACUGCUUCAAAGAUGCAGAGUUAUAUAGCAAGGCACUUUUGCCAGGAUAUUUACUAUACUACGGGGAAGUACAUCCUUCGACAGGAUUGCUAUAUUUUACUAUGGCAGAAAUACAGUUGCGUCUUCAAAAACCAAAUGAAGCGCUCCAAUUAUUAGACAAAGCAGGCACGAUAUUAAAGAUAACGCACGGUGAUGAGCACUCCUUGGUGAAAGACAAAUUGAACUUUCUCAUUUACAUUGCUACGAUGAUGCUUAGGAAUACUCGUAGCAUGUAACAAUUUCAGAUUUUUGUAAUUUUUAAUUGACAUAUUUAUUUUGUAGUUUUUAGUUGACUUUUAAGUUGACUUGAAAUUUUUAAGAUUUUAAUUUUUUUAUAAUUGAGAUAUUUAACAUAUGCUCAUUUAUUAUAAUUUUUUUUAACACAGAUCAAAGUUAGAUGUGAAAAUUUUUAUUUUUAAUAUCUUUUGUAUUAUUUUUCUGAUUUUAUUGGCAAAUUAGAACAAUAUUAAAGAGAAGCCUAAGAUUGUUGCGUUUUAGAUGGAUUAACUUAUUAUAUAUUAAUAACACAUUAAAAAAUAUUAAAAAACAAAUGUUUGUUUAUUUUAAGAUUUCAUACAAAAUUAUAAAGACGAAAUAUAAUAUUAUUAUUGCUUAGAUUAUUAGGAAGAUGUACAACUAAAUUUUAUUUUUUUAGACUGUUCUAUCUUUAUUAAAUGUAAUUAAUAAAUCUGAAUUUGAAACAUUUUUAUUCGUAUAUGAGAGAAAUAAUAGUAAGGAGUGAGAUACAUAUCUUCUUCUUCUUAAAAUGCCCCUGAUGGAUUUCCGACCCGAUUAAGAAUUGAGAUAGAUAUGAAUAACAGUUAUAAUAAGCAAAGCGUGUUUAAAGAACGGAUAUUAUUACUAUUGUGUCAUUCUAUCCUUAGUCUAUGUUUAAUGAACAGUAAAGAUAUAAUGACGCGAUAUCGAGAUGCAUAGCGUUGACAAAGUGUUCUUCGAAUAUAUUUGAAUGAAAUCAAAAUCAAUACAAAAAGAAUUAAUUAGUUUUGUCAGUAAUUUUCGAAAAUUUUUUUGAAGACAUAGCAUAUCUAAGACACGGUUCCACUGAAAGUUUAAUAGAGGGGAUACUCACACAUAGAA